AUGAAAGCGAAUAUCGGCGUCUCUCCAGCACUCCUACAUUUGGAUCUUUCCGUUCAUCUUGUAGUGUCUUAAGAAUAUUCAACAGACUGAUCCCCUUUGGCUUUCAUUAGAAAAUUUUUCCACCCUCCAGUUUCAUUAUUUAAUAAACAAGAUGGGAGUGGAGGCUGAAGAUCAAGAUGUCUCUUCUCAACCGGAGGAAGAAACUCGAGAAAGUAAAAGUCCAGAUAAAGAACAGAUACUUAGCGAAGAAUUGGAGAAACAAGAAUCGACGAAGGACGAAGUGGACGGUGAGAAAUUUCAAGAUUCAGUCACAGAAGACAAGGAGGAGGAACCCGAAGAAGAAGAGACUGAAAACUGCACCCAAAAAAGUCCUAAAUUAAAAUUAUGGAAUAGAUUAUUUAAACGCGGAAAAAAGUUGAAAAUUCAAGAAGCCGAUCUUCAAGAUACGGAAGCAGGUACCGAGCUUCUGGUUCACACCAAAGAAAAUGAAAUACAGAAUUCAUCAAAUAACAAAGACGAAGAUGAAAUGAAGAAGAACAGAAGUGGAACUGACGUCACACUUACUGUUACGGAUGAUCAAGAGGGAGCACCAGAAGAUGACAACAAAGACAGAAAAACAACUGAUCAGUCACGAGCAGUACGAAGACAAGUUAUUUUCGGGAGUAUUUUCGUGUUAUUUGUAAUAGUGGCCAUAACCCUGGCUAGCAUUUUAGGAAAUAAAUCCAGUUCCGAACCGGAAGUCAGGCUAGCACCCGUCACUCACGUGGACUGUGGAGCUGUACAGGGAGUCAUUGAACACGGUGUUUAUGUUUUCAGAGGUAUACCCUACGCUUUACCACCAGUUGGAGAUUUACGUUGGAAGCCAUCAGAAAUGGUAUCAGAUAUAAGAGAUUGUUGGUCCGAUACUUACAACGCCAUGUAUCCAGAAAAUUUAUGUUAUCAAGCCCCAAUAAAGGGCCGUGAACUUAAUUUUAGCGAAGAUUGCCUUUAUUUAGAUGUAAUUACACCGGAACCAUCGAGAGCCAAACAGAAACCCGUUGUUGUAUAUAUUCCUGGGAGUUCAUUGCUAGGUUACACAGAAGAGGAUAUAGAUUGGAGGCCACAUCCGAGACUGGCAAAAGAAAAGGAUGUUGUUUUUGUAAUUUUAAAUUAUAGAACCAAUAUAUUUGGUUUCUUAACACUCGAUUUGCUGUCUGCACAAGAAAGAUCGCCCAUAUCCGGUAAUUACGGUUUGCACGAUCAAUUAGCUGCUCUUAAAUGGGUUCAAAGAAAUAUCGAUGCGUUUGGUGGAAAUCCUGAAAAGGUGACAAUUUUUGCUCAUAAUUCAGCUGCAAUAGCACUUUUGUCAUCGAGAAAGAGUCAUGGUCUGUUUCAUCGUGUGUGGCUAACUGGCUUCCCUGCCAAAUUUACAAACAAGACGUUAAAUCAAACAAAUGAAGAAAAUUCUGAAUUUUUAAAGAAUAUCAAAUGCGAGACACUCAGUUGUAUGAUGAACAAGACAGAAGAAGAAGUAUUUACAGCAAUCCCAAAAUUUUGGCUUAAAGAAAGAGUUGCAGAUCUUCCUGAAGAAAAUGAAGAACCUAAUCCAACAUUAAUAGUUCAUGAUGGAAUCAUUUUGUAUGAUUCAAUAUUCAACAUGUGGAAAGAAGGAGAUCUUAAUCAAGUUCCUAUAGUCUUAGGUUCCACAGCUCAAGAAUUAGCUCCAAAAAUCGAAAUUCCGGAUAAAAAUACAUGGAAUUGGACCCAAUUUUCUGAUUACGUUACUAAACAUUUAGAUAAUUUUGGUACGAAUCUGACUGAAACCACAUUGAAUUUUUAUAAGAAAGAAGGUUCAAAUCCUGAAAUCGAAUUUGCUACAAUGGUAUCGGAUAUUAGGAUUACUUGCCCCAUUCACAGUCUUUCAGAGAUGCUUUCAGAAUUUAACAACAGUGGCAUAUAUACUUAUGUUGUUGAUUAUGUACCCAGUGCACCAUUAAAGUGGAGCGACGAAGCUGAAGAACUACAAAUGGCAAUACACGGAAUCGACGUCGUCGCAAUUUUUGGUUUACUUAGUGACUACAUUCAGUUAAACGAAAAAGAUAAGGCAUACCAAUCAGUAAUUCAAGACAUUUUUUAUAAUUUUGUACGUAAUGGCGAACCUUACGCUAAUGGUUCCCCAUUGAAAUCAACAGGUUACGUUAACACAAUUAAGCAAAGUAUGACAAGUUAUCCAGCACCCUAUAAGAACUGCUAUAUUUGGAAGCCUGAAGAUUUGGAUUAUAAAUAUGGAUACGCGAACUAAAUUUAAUAAUUGUUUUAGUUCUUUUUUGGCAGGUGGAAGCACCAUAAAUUUGCUUUGGAUGCCAUCCUAAUUUAGGCUUUGGCGGAUGUUACAGCUGCUAGUCAAGUGCGGAUGGUCAGUGCUCAAUAUAUUAUUAAUUUUCUCAUCAACGCACAAAAUAUUGGUACUUAUCGGAAAUUUUUAAGAAUUAACCAACAGAAAUUUAAUAAAAUUUGAAGACGUUUUUCAGGAUUUUUCAACAGAGAAUACCUUAAUUGAAACUAAUGAAAUUUCAUCCAAUCUGUGCUACCAUCUGCCAAAUCUUUUCUAAAACAUUAAAAUUAAGAUAAAAUUUUUUAAAAAAUUUAAAUAAAUUAAUUAAAAUUCUUAUAAUAUUUAUAAAAGAAACACGACAUUUUUAAAAGGGUAUUUUUAAUGAAAAUUAUUAUUUAAGUUUCAGAUGAAAAUCUGGAAAUUUCAGAUGAAGAAGGCAUCUGAAAAAAAAUUUUUUAAUAGAUUUUUUUUAAUUGAAUUUUAUUUCAAUUUUAUAUUGAAAUAAAAUGUUUUUUUAUACUUAAAAAAAGAACAUGAAUGUAAUUUGUAGGAUAUGUGCAUAAAUCUAUGUUAUUUGAUAAUUUGUCCAGUGCCGUCCAAUUCAUCAGGUCAGUUAAAUAGAUGCAAUUUUUUCCUCGAUUGCAUGGCAAUAUUUUCAAUUAAAAUAUUAAAAAUUAAAUUUUUUAAAAAAUUAUUUAUAUUAAAAUAACAUCCUCUACACA